CGUAAAAUGUCUCUCCAGAGCCGCCAUAGUGUCUAACCGGCGCAUAUGCUUGAUGUUCAAAUAAGUCAAAGUGUGUUUGCAAGCGAGCGAAACCUCAACAUGUCUGUUCAAGCAACGAACCCCAACAACCCCAUCGUGUUCUUCGACCUCACCAUCGGAGGGCAGGAUGUGGGACGGAUGAAGAUCGAGCUGUUUGCUGAUGUGGUUCCAAAGACGGCAGAGAAUUUCCAGCAGUUCUGCACUGGAGAAUUCAGGAAGGAUGGAGUCCCUAUUGGUUACAAAGGCUCCACAUUCUACAGACGACACUACCAUCAUGGGUCUCAUCUCUAACAACGAUGAGACCGCCUAUAGAGAUGAGGUUAGGGGCUUGGCAACAUGGUGCCAAGAGAACAACCUGUCUCUCAACGUCUGCAAGACCAAGGAGAUGAUCGUGGACUUCAGGAAGCUGCAGAGGGGGGGUCAAGGUCCGAUACACAUCGAUGGAGCUGUAGUGGAGAGAGUCUCAGAGUUCAAGUUCCUCGGUGUAUUCAUCACAGAUGACCUUACCUGGUCCAAACAAGCGGACUCUGUGGUCAUACAGCACAAAAGCGCCUAUACUUCCUGAGGAGACUCAAGCAGUUUGGCAUGGCUGCAAAAACACUUAAAAACUUUUACAGGUGCACCAUUGAGAGCAUUCUCUCAGGCUGCACUACUGCCUGGUAUGGUAGCUGCUCCGCUGCUAAUCGCAAGGCCCUGCAGAGGGGCCAUCUCCCUUCCGUGCAAGGAAUCUACAGCACAAGAUGCCUGAGAAAAUCACGGAAGAUCAUCAAGGACCAUAGCCACCCAGGCUGUGGUAUUCUCACACUGCUGCUGUCUGGCAGACGUUUCCGGAGCAUCCGAGCACGGACUACCAGACUCAAAAACUGCUUCUUGCCCCAGGCCGUAAGGCUUCUGAACAAUCAACACUGACCCUCUGAACAGUCACCAUGUACAUUCUGCUCCCCCACUCAUACAAAUACACUUACUUCACAUAUAUUAAUUUUAUUUAAUUUAAUAUUCCCCACACCUUCACCCUGUAAUCUGCUGCUUCAUUUGACUAUUAUAUGUUACGACGUUAUGUUAUAUGUUACAUUUGCAAUCAGAAAUAUUCAAUCCUCUCACCUCAAUAGACAUUAUAGUGAUGUGGAUGACAGAUAAUGACAAUAAAUGACAAAAAAACCUCAUCAAACAACAAAAGAUAUUUAUUGAUGCAUAUUUUAGCUAUUUUGACAACAGAAGUUGACUUAACUUUGAAGUUCAAAUGAAAAAUGUAACUCUUUCAACACAUGUGCAUGUUCAGUAUUAUUCAACCCCCCAGCUUCAGUACUUUGUGGCGCAUCCUCUAGCUUUUAUAACUUCUAAAAAAUGUUUUCGGUAAGUGCGGACAAGCUUCUUACACCUCUCAAUUGGAAUUUUUUCCCAUUUUUCAAGUGCAAAAGCCUAUAGAUCAGUGAUGUUUGAUGGCUUCCAUGCUGCAACUGCCUUCUUUAAAUCCCACCAAAGAUUUUCAAUCAAAUUUGAAUCUGGUGACCGUGAAUGCCACUCCAGGACGUUCCAGGAUCUUUUUCUCAACCAAGCUUUGGUGGACUUGGAGGUUUUGCUUUGGAUCAUUGUCUUGCUGGAAAGUCCAAUGAUCACCAAGGUUUAAUUUGUCAACAGAAGGCAUCACAUUCCUGGUCUUCAAUGGCCUGGUAUUUCUGUGAAUCCAUGAUGCCAUGUACACAAUAAAGAUUGCUAGUUCCUGCCGCAGAAAAACAGCCCAACAUCAUCUUUGACCAACCUCCAUGCUGGACUGUGGGGAUGGUAUUCUUCUGGUCCUAAGCCUGGCCUUUCACACGCCACACAUACCGCUGGUCCAUACGUCCAAACAGUUCCAGUUUGGUUUCAUCAGUCCAUAGAACUGUCACCCAAAACUCAGUAGACUUAUCCAAAUUCCUCCUGCAUAUUCUAGUCGACUUUUGAUGUUCCUGGUGGUCAAGAGCUGAGUGUGUCUUGAAGCCGGCCAUGAAGUCCUUUUUUAUUCAGUGCACGUCUUAUAGUUGCCACUGGCGCACUUGUACCAGCCUUCAUCAGGUCAUCCUGUAGGUGUCUUGCAGUCACACAGGGGUUUAUCUGAGUUGUUCUGACUAAGUUGCUGAGGGUCCUUGAUGAAAUGUUAGGCUUUCUUCCACGGCCAGGCAUGUUUGAAGCUGCUCCAUCAGUUUUAAACUUCCUUAUAAUGUUCCCAAUUGUGUCUCUUGGAAUAUCAUUUUUGGGGGAAAUCUUCUUCUACCCAAGGCCUUUCAGUUUGAUGAAAUAAUCUUUGUGGAAGCUCAUUUGUCUUUCCCAUGAUUGCAACUCACCUUGAAUACCUUCAUGGGUAGGGUUUAUUUAUAAAUCACAGCUGAAGCAAAUGAAGGAUCAGUAUAGAGUUCCCAAAGGCUUAACAAUGUUUCAACUCCACUUUAGGACAAAAAAACUGUCACAGCUUUAAAAACAACAAUAUUAUAUAGGGGUUGAAUAAUUGUGACAUGGCUAUCUUAACAAAAUAUACUGCUACACACAAAUACUACAUCAUGCAUUUUCCGUGUUGAUUUUCUGUAUCACUCAACUCAUAAAGAAGUCAUCCGAAGCAGAAUCUUGCUCAAAGAGCAGAAUCUUGCUCAAAGAGCAAGAUUCUGUCAACUUUAAUUGAUAAAUCCUUAAAAUCUUUGGGGGGUUGAAUAUUUCUGAUUGCAACUGUAUAUAGUAUGUUAUUUUCUAUUUUGUAAAGUCGUCUACUGCGUAGAUGUUGCCUGCCAUGUCACAAGAAUUUCACUGCUCCGAUGACGCUGUCAUUGGUGCAUGUGACAAUAAACUUUGAUUUGAUUUGAUUUAGCUAACAUUAGCAACAACAUGAACAUGGACGGUGUGGCCGAGUUCCUAGUGGGUAGACUGGUCGUCGUCCAACAAGAACUUUGGCAGUUCAAUCCUCACUCUUCCCCAUCUGCAUGCCGAAGUGUCCUUGGGCAAGAUACUGAACCCCUAAAUGGCCCCUCAAAGAUGAUGA